AGUUCACUGAGGAACUGGCAGUAUUUGAAUACUGAAGCCCUCUCUUCUUUGUUUUCGUCAGCAAAGGCAGUAGAAAGACUGGAGUAGUCACAGAAAGCUAGGAAUUUUUUCUUUGUAGUAGGUCCAAUUCCGUGAUUCUAGAAGUGUGGUCCUGGAACAGCAGUAUCAGCAUCAUUUGGAAAAUGCCAACCCUUGAGCCCCAUUACAGACCUAUUGAAUUAAAAACUGAAGAGCAACCUUCGCGCGCUGCCGGAACCGCGGCGCAGGGGGAGGCGCUGCCUCGCGCGCGGUGCGCCGUUGCCAUGGUAGCUGCGGAGGCUGGGACCCGGGUGUGGUAUUUUUGGAGUUAAUGGAGUCAGAAGGACCUCUUGAGUCAGAGAGCUCAGAAUUUUUCUCACAACAAGAAGAAGAUGAAGAAGAAGCCCAAGAACCAGAGGAAACAAGCCCCAGGAACCCACUUUUACAGCCUGCUCUCACAGGGGAUGUAGAGGGUUUGCAGAAGAUUUUUGAGGAUCCAGAGAAUCCUCAUCAUGAACAGGCCAUGCAGCUUCUCUUAGAAGAAGACAUUGUUGGGAGAAACUUGUUGUAUGCAGCUUGCAUGGCUGGGCAAAGUGACGUGAUUAGAGCUUUGGCAAAAUACGGUGUGAAUCUGAAUGAAAAAACCACAAGAGGGUACACACUCUUACACUGUGCUGCAGCCUGGGGUCGUUUGGAAACUUUGAAAGCACUAGUAGAACUGGAUGUUGAUAUAGAAGCUUUGAACUUCCGGGAAGAAAGGGCUCGAGAUGUUGCUGCUAAAUAUUCCCAGACUGAGUGUGUUGAAUUCCUGGACUGGGCAGAUGCAAGGCUGACUCUGAAAAAAUAUAUUGCAAAAGUCUCUUUAGCCGUUACUGACACUGAAAAGGGAUCAGGGAAGCUCCUUAAGGAAGACAAGAAUACCAUCCUCAGUGCAUGCCGUGCAAAAAACGAGUGGUUGGAAACCCAUGCAGAGGCUUCCAUUAAUGAGCUUUUUGAGCAGAGACAACAACUGCAAGAAAUUGUGACUCCUAUCCUUGCAAAAAUGUCUACACCACGUCAAGUGAAAAGUGCCAAAUCUAUAAUAAGCCAUGAUCAGAAGAGAAAUCAAGAUGAUACCUUCCACUGAACAUAUGCUUUGUAAAAGGUCACAUUUUCUUCUAGUAUCUGAAAGACAAACUAUUCAUGCCAUUUCAAACCUAGAUAACAUAUGUGGUUUUCUUUAGGUAUUUAAGUACAACAUUACAUCACCCUUGUUUUGUUUGACCUGUUCAGCAUGCUUACGUCCGGACUCUCUGGCCUUGCCUCUGCCCCUCCAAGCACAGCCCCAUGUGAGUUUCACGUGCUCCUUCAGGAAAGCACUUGGGCAUAAAUCACUCACAAAGACCAUGUGGAGGCUUUAAUAACUACUCAGAGAACCUAAUAAUUUUCUGUGUAAUUGAGGCAUUCCAUAUAAAAGGACAUAUUUGGCUGUUUCCAGAGAAAAAAAUUUGUUCUCCUUCUCUAAAAAGGAAAUGUUAUGGAAUGACACUUGGAGCAAGGAAAUAUUAAGACUGGGUUGGAUUAGGAGCCUCUGUGUACAACGAUCACUUUUUAUGUCCAAAAUAAAAUUUACCUAUGAGGUGGGACUUUACCUCUGAGUAAACCCCCUCUUUAUCUUUGACCUCCAUCUAUAAAUUAAUAAACACAAAUCUGUAUAGUUUUA